CACAACUCUAAUUUCUCUAAUCUUUUUUUAGUACUGUAAUUGUGAUUUGACAGAGAGUAGUAUGUUUAUAGACGGUCAGAAUUUAUUCAAUUGACUUGGCAAUGCAUUGAUGAAACUUAAGCCUAUGGUAAAGUCCAAUAAAACAAAACAAACUCAAUUUCACAACACACACAGUCUCUCUUCUUGUUCAAUUUCCAUGCUUGAGAGCAAAGAAGUCUCUCUCACUCUCAGUCUCAGUCUCACUAACACAAUUUUGUAUCCCUUGUUCUUCUUCUUCUUCUUCCCCUCCCCCUAUAACAAUUUUCAACAACAAAUCAAAUACUCCUACUCCCUCUCCAUACCAUACCAUGACAAUAAUAUCUCCAGCUCAACCACCCAUGCAUCACCAUCACUCUCAAUCCCCAUCUCCAUUAAUAUCAUCAUCAGCAGCAGCAGCAGUAGACUUCAGUCCACCUCUAAUAGCAAUGGUCGUCGUCAUCGCCGCCGCAUUUGUCAUCGUAACCUAUUCCCGUCUCAUAACUCGCCACUUAUCCCCUCCCAUCCACCGUUUAAUCCAACGCUUCCAUCGCCAUCCACCUUCCUCCUCAUUAGGCGACAUCGAAUCCCUCCAAUACGAUUCCACUACUUACGAAACUCCACUAACCUACGGCUUAGACGAAUCCGUUAUAAAAACAAUUCCAUUCUUCAUCUACACAACUAAAUACGAACAACAACAAGAAUCUCUCCGUGAUUGCGCCGUUUGUUUACUCGAAUUCGAAGAUCACGAUUAUGUUCGUACUCUUCCACUCUGUUCUCACACUUUUCAUCUCGAUUGUAUUGAUGCUUGGCUUCGUUCUCACGCUAACUGUCCUCUCUGUCGUUCUCUUCUUCUCUCUAAUUCUCCUUUUAGACCUCUUAUGGCUGCCAGAAUUCCUCCUUCUUUUCAUGAUCAAACUAAUGUUCUUCACAUUGAUACUCCUUUUCAUAAUUCUGUUUCUCCGCUUCCGGAGAUUACUCCUCAUUCUCCUGUUGAUGAAAAUCGCUUUACCGGACGCCAGGAUUUUCUCUUGAAACGAUCUUAUUCGUUUGGAUUUGAGAGGACUUUACCGUCGGAGAGGAUGGUAAUUGAUCCUGCUACAACCUCGCCGUGGCGGUACCGGAGAGGUAGCACCACCGGUUUCUGGAAUAAAAGACCGUCGCCGUUUGGCUCCCUUGGGAAGUCGAGAGUGUUUUCAUUCAGAUAUUAUAGAGGAAUGAAAUCACCGUUCUUCCGUCGGAGAGGUUUUUUUCCGUUUUCGGAGUCGAGUAAUCGGUACGCCGCCGACGGAGGAAGUUCAUGGCGGAGGAGUAAGUCGAUAGCGAGUCCGAUGUUUUUGAGAUCUUCAGCAGCGGUAUUUUCAUCGAGUCGGUUAAGAUGCGGUGAUCCAGAGGCGUUACUUUCGCCGGAGAGAUUUAACCGGCGACGAUGAGAUGAAAAAAUAGGUUGGGAAUUGAAUUACGGUUAUUAAUUUCAGAGAAGAGGACAAGACACGUGGAAGAAUGUGAUUGGUUAAAGAAGUCAAUGAAUGGAGGAGUAAUUAAAUGGUGGUGGUGGCGUGUGCUCUGUUUGGUCUGCCAAUAUUUGUAGACGAGACGAGAGAGUCAUUAAAGAGUCAUUAAAUGAAUGGUAGGAAAAAGCAUUUAAUUUGUAAUUAAUUGCUUUCUCUCAAAGUUGAUGAGAGAGAGAGAGAGAUUUGCAUGUGCCUAUCUUCUGACACUGUGGUGGGGGUGAAUUAAUUGUGCUCAUAAAUGUGAUUUUAAAUGUGAAUUUGACAAAUUUGUUGUGUGUUUCCACUUUCUUGGUACUCAAUUGGAUUAUUGAUUGUUUUUGCAAUUAAGGAGUGGGAAAGUGAGAUGGUGGAGGCUGAAGUUGAAGCUGGGGUGGGAAGAGUUUAAGGCCUAAAGAAAGAGGACAAUAAAGGCCCGGCCCAUUAAGUUAAUAGGCCCAAGAAAAGUACUAAUCAUUAAUUAAUGCUAAUUCCGUAGUUUGCACGUAAUGUAAUGCUAAGUUAGCAUUUACUAUUACUAUUACUAUUACUUUGUGAGGAACUAAGAAAAGAAAAAUGGUUACCGUUAGAUUUGGAGAGAAACAAUGUGAGAUUGUUGGAUUUACUGCGUAUGGGUCAUCGCCGCCGGCUGCAGCUGCAUGUAGUACGCCAGCCGUUUCUAGAAUCUCAAGCAGUAAUAAGCGGUUUCUAUUUCUAUAUUGUUUCUGGAUUUGACGUGUAUGUAUUAGAAGGAGAAUAGAUUAUUUCUCAUGUAAAGUUUUUCAGUGAAAUUUGAAUCCAAUACUACAAUGAACAUAAAAAAUGAAAUGCUUCUUAUAUAUAGGACCGAUAGGAUUACUAUUUAAUGAAUCGUACUAGUAAGUUUCUUUGCCUAAUGAAAAGAAGUUUUGUAUAAAAGAAAUACUUUUUAGAUUUUUAAUAAGUGUCUUAUGAUACUAGUAUUUGCUAACAGUAAGAUAUGCCAACAAUAAGUGAUUUAGCAUGACCCUUUAAAGCAGUAAAGCUGAAAUAAUUCAAAGUCUAUGUCGCCAUUUAUUUGUUUGGUUUCUUCCUUAUUAAUUGCUGUUGGUUGCUAUAGUGUAAUACACUAAUAUAGUACUAGGAGUACUACAAAGUACCGACCAAGAGUAUUAACAUAGUACAGUAACAUUGUAUUCUAGUUCUAGUUAGCAAAAGCUAACCAUAUACUCUCAUGUCAGUGGCCUUUUUUGAUUUUGAUAAACAUAUGUAAUCAAUAAUUCAUCAUUAAUUCUUUCAAGAGGUUUUUUUCCGGAAAAAGUAUAUAUCACUUGUGAAUUGUGAUAUGCUUUGCAGAUAAAUUGAGCUGAAUCCUGAAUCCAGUUAUUGGAUUUGGAUGUUAUUUGUGAUAUAUGAACUGAUACGUCUUAGUCUUAAGUUCUAUAUUGUAACUAACAUGUUUUCAUAGGAUUGGACGUCUUCCAUUAUAUAUGAACUCAUGAAAGUAUUCUACAGCCAAAGUAAAUAAUUCAAACAGUACAAAACACCUAGCUUAUUAUCAUAAGUACAACCAUUAAGCAUCAUAUUCACAACCGUUUGACAAUCAUUUUCAAAGCCUACUUACCGCAAUUUGAAGAGCUUUUUGUAAGAUCGUGGCUUCACAUAUGGCCACCGAGCUAGUAAUUAAAGGGAAAUACCAUUGUGCGAGCUUCGACAAGAUGGCCUAAUUAAGCUAUCACGAAAACAAAUUCCAAUACCCAACCGACUUUCCACCUAGAAAAUAGUACAAUCAAUCAACAUUGCAUUUCGUAGAGUUUGGACUAGGCUUUCUCCAUUCUAAAGUGUGUGAUGAUGAUGAUGAUAUUGGUUGUUCAACAAGUGCCUGAGAACAACACCAAUGGUCUCUAACUGUGUCCAAGGCCAUGUUACAUGCGACUUUAGCAUUGAGAGGCUGCUGCGACAAAUGCUCCAAACCUGCCAACACAACGAACAUAACAUAAGAAUAAGUUGCCUGCUACAGGUCGGUAUCACUGCCGUUUAUCCCAAUAUUGAUUUGCUUCUUUUCAACAAUCAAUCGCAAAAUUAUGCAUCU